UGGUGGUGGUGGUGCACAGUGGUUCUGGUUGCGAUCAGCCUGACGACGCUCCUCCGGCCGGGCUCAGUUUCAGCCUCAGCCCUCGCGGUGCCAAUGCCAAUGCCGGGAUCGGGGAUUCCCCGUUCCAGACACGCCCUGCAGCAGGAUCACCAGGUAUCCGCCACGCCGACGUGGUGGUCGCUCAUCGAGAUACUUAGUCGAACUGAGCGCGCUGAGCGGCCAAGUAGAAGCGUUGGCGGCAAGUGUUUGAAAUGCCAGAGCAGCGAUUCGAUCAGCAGUUCAAUAUCGAAUGCAACUGGAAGCGGCGGCGAAAGUGUGAGUUCGAGUUCUGUGCCAAGUGCGCCGGCGCAGAGUGCUGUAUAUAGUGGUAGUGCAAUUUUGUGCAGUGUAAAUAGUGCAAAUAAUACGCGUAAGUUAAAUUUAAUUCUGAGCAAGUCGCAGCAAAAGCGAGGGGAGCGCUUCGCUGUUGGCACAAAUUUGCAAAAUAAAUUACCAGCAUCGAGUGCGGAUUGCCACUUAAGUCCAAGUGCCGAGACAAAUAUUCGUACCACAACCGCGGCCGAGCCACCGCGAUCCCCGUCCUGUCCGCCGUGUUCAUAUAGUCAUCUCCAUCUUCAUCGUCACUGGCAUCGGCAUCGGCAUCGCCAUCGUCCUCGUCAUAGCCAGCACCAUCAACGUCAUUAUCGUCAUCGUGGUUGUCGUUGUCGUUGUCGUUGUCGCGACGCGUCGCAGUCUGCAUCCGCAUCGCCCGCGUCUAUGCUCUUGCCAUAUCAAAUUAAUCAACGUGCUACAUUGUUGCAGCAAUCUGCAACAGCAGCAACAACAUCAACUACAUUGCCACAUGUGCCCGGGGCAGCAGCAGCAACAGCAGCAACAGCAGCAACAACAGCAAACGUAUCUCUGCGUGCCGUGCCUCGUAUUUUUAAACGCAAACGUGAUACGGUCCAAACAGCGACCACUGCAUCACCUUUGACCCCGCAGCAACGUCCAACAGUCGCAGCAGCAACAUCAGCCACAUCCACAACAACCACGCGCAGAUCGCGACUCGAAUUCAUACUGUACACGGAAGUCUACCAAGUCGACGAGGAUUCGGUUUCCACCAGCGAUUUCCAUCCGAAGUCGAACGUGGGCAGCGACGAACCCUUCUGGCAGAAUUACGGUCGCUUGUUGCUAAUCGCCAUUAGUUUAUCCGUGUGCCUGGCCUGUGGCAGUGUGUUGGUGGCCGCGAUUGCCCUGCGCCGCUCGGCCAACGCAACAGCAGCAUUAGCAGCAACACUAGCGGCAGCAGCAGCAGCAGCGACAUCAGCAUCAGCUGGAGCAGGAGCAACAUCCGCAGCAACAUUAGAAGCGGCAACAACGCGCAGGAUACGGCACAAGCGUCGCUCGUCGCAACGACGGCGCAGCACCAACAACAACGCGGUGCUGUCAUCUGGGAUCGGGAGCGGCAUCGGGAUCGGGAUCGGGCCUGGACUGGAAACCAACUCGGCUCUGGCCCUGCCACUGGCAACCGCACCACCAACAUCGGGCUCCACAGCAGCGGAUCAGACAGCUAUAGCCGCCGCCACCGCCACCGCCAACGCCGCCUCCGCUGCAGCAGAAGCCGCAGCAGCAGCAGCAGCGACAACAACAGCAGCAGCAGCAGCAGCCGCAACAGCAUCGACAGCCGCAGCAACAGUUACAACAACACUUUUGCCAACCGAGCCGGAACAUUCUGUACCCAUGCUAUCGGUACAGACGGCCGGCUGCGCGGGAAUGGAGCGGCUCGGCGUUCCGACCCGCACAUCUUUGAGCACACCACCCGAUGAUAGGGAUCAAUUUAGAUGUAGAAUGCGCGUGGAUGCGCUCCAGGCACGUGAGCUUCUGGCUGUACGUGGCGAGACUGUGAUUCGCGGCGCCGGCAACAAUCAGCACCAGCAGCAACACCAUCUCCAUCACAGCAGCAGUAGCAGCAACAAGCAACAACAUUCCCACCACCAGCAACAACGCAUGACAACUCCAAGCACGCACAACUCCGGCGGCGGCGGCGGCGGAGGAGGAGGAGGAGGAGCAGCAGCAGGCGGUGACCACCAACACCACCAUCACCAACACCAGCUGGGCAACAACAGCAGCAGCAACAACAACAAUAGUAUUAGCAGUAAUGUGGCGCGCGGCGGCAUAGAAGCCACCACGCUGAAGUACGGAAACACGGGCAGCGGGAGCGGUAGUGGUUGCUACAAGGGCGACUGCGGCAACUCCUCAAGCGGAUCCUCGUGCAGUUCGCUGCAGAGCCACAGCAACGACCACCACCAACAUUACCAGUACCAGCUGCAGCAGCAGCAAACUCCCCGCUGUCCCCAUCACGUACCACUGCCGGACAGCGAGUACGGACAGGAUCGACACCUGCAGAUCAGGAGCAGCUAUCAGCAAUCGGAGAUCACCAGAUCGUACACGAAACCGCCGCCCAACAAGACGGUGCGGGAUGUGCCCGAGCAGAUCUCGGCGGGCGGCUGUGGCGUCUCCAGCUCCAGCUACCGUCUCACCACGCUCCAGGCCGCCUCCUCCACGUACGCGCCAGCGGGCGUGUCAGUGUCCGCCUCCUCAUCGUCCAGCAAAUCGAAGCCGAAUGCCAUAACCAAGUUCUUCUCGCGGAUCAGUUCGCCCAAGUCGCCGCCGAGCUGUACAAUGACCUCGGUCGCCACAGUUUCCCCAGCAUCCUCCGUCUCCAUGUCGUCGUCCGCCUCCUCGCUAGCCUCCUCCGCCUGUGUGUCCACCUCGUCGUCGGCCUCCUCACUGGCUGCUGCACCCACGCUGCCGGUGUCCAAUGCAUCCCUGCUGAAGAGCACGGCCUGUGGCUAUGGCACAAAUCCCAGCGGGAUCUACGCAGGCCUGGGACCGAGCACGCAACUGCUUACGAGCCUGGGAACCGGAACAAGCGGCAACUGCAGUCCCGAACGGAUACCCACACCACCGUUGUCCGUCUCCGUGCCAAUCGGAGCUGGCCUACAGCCGCUGAGGAGCAGCAGCAGCGGGAGUAGCAGCAGUACCGCCAGCCUAGCCGCCGUCGAGACAACCACAACUACAGCCACCACUCAGUCUUCCUUUGCCGCCGGAGCGACGGGGGAUCUCCCGCUGACCACGAUGAGCCGCAAUAAUUCCAACUCUAGCAUGAUGAGCUACCACUGCAGCUGCAAUAGCCGGAAUUGCAGCCACUGUGCGGCCAACUCAUAACUGAGCUCGUGUUAAGUUUAACUACAUUAAACAAAUCUGGUGGUGCGGAAACCACUGGAGAUUUUAGAACAUUGGUUAAGUUUCAACAGUUCACUAGCCGAUUUGAACUUCACAAACCAUAAGACUUUGCACGGUAUUUGAUCAUAAUUUGUAAACUUACCACAGGUCUUGUGUCUAAAAAGCUUUACUUGAGGUAAAACAUUGCCAAAUUUAGUGAAAUACUUAUCUUUUGUUGUCGAAUCUCCAGAGAUUUGUGCGGCACCUCCAAUAUAUAUAUGCAUAAACUUAUAUAUAUAUACAUAUAUUUUUUUUAUGUUAGCCUAUGUUUAUCUAUUAUGUUAAAGUUUAACAGAUUUAUUUAAUGUAGGUCUGUCGCCAACUUUUGCGCUGGUACGAAAAGACUGUUUAUUAGUCAGAAUUUACUUUGUAAAUUUGAGUAACGAGAGGGAGGAAAAGUUAGAGAAUGAUACGGAGAAGACAUAUGUAUAGUUGCGCUGCCGCCUUUUUAAGCACUCACCACAGACCGUAGAAGGUUCAUUUUUAAGUUAUGUAACAUUAUUUCCAUUCGUCGCUUGAUAAAAGUAAUAAGUCGAGAACGUUUUUGUAAAAAACCAAGAAAGCAACAAACUUGAAAGAGACAGACACAAUACCAUAAAAACUGAAGAAAGGGAAUGAGGAAAGUAAAUAACAAACCAUAAGUGAAUAUGUAAUUGUAAUUUUAUGAAUGAAUAUUGUAUACACUUUAGUUUCAAUAACUCUAGUUUUAAAUCGAAGCCAACCAACUCUUAACUAUACUCUAUCCCCCCACCCCCCUAUCCAAGUCCCCUUAUCCCCUAUUAUUAUUGUACGCAAGGCCCAUGUGCUGGAACACACGAAAACACACACAAACAAACAAUUUUUAGUUCAAUUGAAAUUUGUAUUUGUAUAUUUGCUAACGGAAUUACGAUGUAAAGAAAAAAAACAAAAAAUGAAAUGAAAUCUAUGUAAACCAAAUUGUAGAGAAAUUAUUGUUUUCAUUUUGAAUUGGCUGCAGCUAAUCUUGAUUUCGAAUUUUAGCGGGAUACAUUUUGAAUUUUAAAUUUAUAACCUAACGAUCGAUGAACCUGAAGUUAUCGAUAACCAAUUUCAGUCUGGCAACAACGGGUGAUCGUGUAUUUUCAAGUGCAACUCUGGUCGAGUGAUGGCGGUUUAUUUAAAAUGAGAUUAAUUGAUUUUCAUUUGUACGUUCUGAGUUUAGGAAAAUCAAAGAGUUAAGAAAAGGUCCCAUUGCAAUGUAUAUUAUAAGCACAAUUAAGCAACUCAGAGCUUUUAUUAUUUAGAUAUCCGGCCUUAUUUAUUAGUCUUUACUUUCACGAAUUUCUGAAAUUUCAAAAAUGCGUAACCCGUGCACCUUGUUGCCCCAAACAUUUUAUAAUGAAAUUAUCAAAGAGAAGGAAAACGGAAAAUGGUUUCAAGAACUCACGAUCCAUUAAAUCAAAUUUAAACCACAUUUAACCAACAAUUUAGAUGAGAAAUGGAAUGCGAGAAACUAGGAAAAUAUGAUAACAAACGCAAAAUAAUGGAAAACGAAAACACUUUACUACGCCAACAAGUCCUACAAGCCUACAUUUUAAAUACAUAACGAUAUAGUUCGAUGUCUAUGGAUCAAAGAAUACUUAAAGUAAUGCAACCGGAAAUAGCCCGAAAUAUCACAGAAGGAAGAGAAAACCGGAGACAAUGAAUAACUAAAUUAAACGCGUAGAAUUUAAUCACUUAAUUAGUUCUAAACAAAUUAAGUCCAGCUAAAUAUCGAAGCGAUUGAACUCGUUUGAUCGGAGAAUCAUAUACACAUUUAUACAAACAGGCCUAAUUUCAACUACCUCCAAAACUGUUUUUUAAAUUAAAAAUUAAAUUCUAAACGAAGAUCAAGUCUACGAAUUAUGUUUAGCAAAACUAAACGGAAACUAAGUAAAUCAAAUGAAAUGAAACAAAUCGAUUAAAUUAUAGUAAAUCAAUUGAUUGAAUUACGAUUUUUUUAAAUUCAAGCAGAUCGAUUAAUUCAAUAAAUCAACAAUCAUUGACAAGUAAUUAAUUUUACACUUUAUAUAUACGAUAUUUAUUACUAUAUGGUAUCUGUACAUUUAGAUCGAGAAUACAAAUGAAAGCGCACACGAGCUGCGUUUCGAAAAUGCAAAACCGUCGACUGAUAUAUAUAUAAACAUAUAUAUAUAAUAAAAGCUAAAUAAAUAAAGUAAAUAACAAGAAAA